AUGAGAAUUUCAUUGAUAGCUAACUUAACAAUUAUUGCUCAUUCGUAACACAAGAAUUCCGGAGAAGAUACAAUCGCUAAGCUGUUAGUCAUCGUGCCUUACAUUCAAUACGUAUCCCUACUAUUGCCCUAGCAUGGAUGGUAAUAUUGGAAAUAUAACGAUGGCUAUUUAAUUUUUCUAUCAAAAGCAUCCUCUUAUUUUACGAUCACUCCCUUUUUCGAAUUUCAAAAUAAUUUCAUUUACUAUCCUUUUACAAUUUUUAGUCUCAUUAUACUAUUAAGUCUUUUAUUUUACUUGAGUUUUUUUAGUUUGGAAGUGAGUUCAAACAAAUAGAAAGUGAAGUAUUUGGAAGGGAGGACAAGUCUCUUGUGCUCAAUAAUAUUAUUCACGAUUUACACGCUGCAAAUCCCAUGUUAUAAGUUUUACAUCUAACAAAUUAUAGAUGCUAAUAAUAAAAAUUAGACAAAUCAACUAAUAGUUAAUAUUUGCACACUAAUUUUAUAUUCUGUUUAUGUAUUAGUAUGUGAAUAUUUUCUAAGAAUGUAUUCUUUUAUUGCUUAUCAUCCAAUGUAGUAAAAAUUUACUAAGUUGAGAAGUUCAAUUAUAUUAUUGAAUUUAAUUGCAAUAGUCUUGACUUUAGAUAAUUAAUCCAAAUUAUAUAAUCUUGUUGGUUUGUUUAUAUUGCAUCUUAUCUUUAUCAUUAAAAUCAUAAAUCAUUUAUACUAUUAAUCUGAUGUUCCACAUAAAAAUAUGGUAGACUUUGAAAUCUCAUUCACACUCGAAUCAUUGGCGCUUUUAAUAACCUUCAAUGUUUUAUCUGAAAACCAGAUUUUUCCAGAAGAUUAAAUAGCUAUUUACAUUAUGUUUAUUUUGAGUCUGGGAAUAAUUUUGGGUAAUCACAUCUAUUUGUUUCUUUUUCAAUAUAAUUUCAAUGAAAGAACUAGACAAUUAAAUCAAAUAUAUGAAUUGUACUCCUACAUAUGCUAAAUUAAUUCAAACUCUAUAAUUAUGCAACAUUUACUCAUCUAUCAGUUGAUUAAUAGUUAAAAGUUUUCAAAAUUUAAACAUAAGGCUCUUAUUAGUAAUAAAUGUUAAAAUAUGGUUGAGUAUUACAAGUUAGGAUUGUAUUUCAUUACCGAAAUUUUUCUUGAUCUCAUUAGUGGAUAAAAGAAUGAAUUGGAGGAAAUAUAAUUGCUUUUCGUUUCUUUUGUAGCUCUUAUUAGAAAGAAACCCCUUGUUGCCUAUGUAGAAUUUAAGAGAUUUGAAUAAAAUAGCAAUUAUACUAAAUCUUAUUAUUUUGGAUUCAUUAAAAACAGAAUUGAAUUAUAUAUACAAAGAAGAAUAUCUGCUGUUCAAAAAAUUUAUCAGAAUGAAUAAUUAUAAUCAGAAAAAAAUAAUGUUAACAUUGAAAAAAGAAUUACAACCCUUGAGCUUUUUUAAUUUUGUUAAUUGGAGGAGAUUUUCUAAAAAGACCUUCUGGAGAUUAUUUAAACUAAAAUAAAAAUAUGGGAAUUCCAAAUCUAAGGAUGCCAAUCAAUCUAUGAUUUCUAAACUGUUGCACUUCCUUUGAGUAAAAAAAUAGUUGAUUGUAUUAUUUAUUUAAGAGGAUAGUAAAUCAAUGUAAUAAAAGACGAGUUUAUAAAAACAUGUGAAAAUAUUUUAACAUUGAAGAUUUGCUCUAUGUUUCAUAGUUUUGUUCUAAAUGAUUACUAUAACUCGUUUUUAUGUGAAUAGAAAAUUUCUUCUAUCAUGAAAGCAGAAGCUGUUUCUCAAUAAAAAACAUUAUCAAGAUCUACUAUCUUAUUAGAUAACUCCGUAUUAGUCAUCGUAAGUAUGGUUAAACAAUUAGGGUAAAUACUGAAUAAAAAUAAAAGCCAACUUGCAAAUUAUUUUGGAUUUUCAUAGAUGGAUUUCAAUUAAAUCAACAAUAUAAGAGAACUGAUGCCUUAACAUUUUGGUUAUUAACAUGAUGGUUUCCUAUAAUCCUAUAUCAAAGAGGCAAAAACAGAUCUUGUGUUUAGAGAUUCAGUCACAUUUGCUAAAGGUAAAAAUGGAUUUUUAAUACCUUAAUAUCUUAAUAUCUAUAACAACUACAACAUUUUUGAUGAUUUUACUUUAAUUGGUAGUCUAACAAAAAUAAAAGAAUCUCAUAAUUAUCUUUUAUUUGAUGAAUUUGGUAAGUGUAUAGGCAUCACUCAAGAGAUGAGUUAAUUAUUGAUACCAAAAGAAAACUAAGAAUUUUUCUUAUAGAACAUUGAGUUAUUUUUCAUCUACAUGUUUCUUCCACAUAUUCAUAUGUAUGUUAAUGACAUGCUUCAAAAUAAUAAUAAAGAAGGAGGAUUUUUAUAAAAAUCAGUCAUUCUUUAUGUUUAUGAAGAUUUAAUAUAAUUAUCCAGAAUCCAUGAAUCAAUUUUCUCAACUUAUUAAGCUUAAUCAAUAAAGUAAAUUGAAUAGACUAAAACAUAUACUUAAUUUGAAUAUCUAAAUUCCAUGAUUAAUAGUCCUAGAAAUGGAAUGAAUCAGAGAUUGAUUACUGAUAUAAAGUCAAAUUAAAAUUAGUAUCAGGAUGAAAUUAUUAUGAUAGAUACAAAUAGAGAACCAUAAAAUAUUUCAAAAUAAGAAGGAAAAUGUGUAUCGACUGCGAUAGUAUAAUAGAAAGAGUAAUAAAUGAUUGAAUUUUUAAAUGCUAUUGACGUAAUCAUAUAAAUAUCUUUAGGAUUUAUAAAAGACCAUGUACUUAUGCACUGCCAAAAUAUAAAUGGCUGAAAUAGGUAAAAAAGGACACAAAUAAAAUUAUUUUAUUUUAGAUUGUUCUGAUUUUAUUGAUAGAGGGAAUCUAAAGGAAGAUGAAAAAAAAUAAAUAAAAACACAAUAAAGUUAAUUGCGUAAUGUUACAACUAGAAAUUACAACCGAAGACCAAGUUAAAUCAUUUAAUCCUAAUCUAAUCACAAGAGUUCUGAAUUGUAGAUGGAAUCUUCAAUAAUGAGCCCCUUAGGAUCUCAAGUGCACUAAUCAAGUUUUCUUGAUAAAAAUUCUAGGUCUAAACAAAUAUUGAAUUAUAUUAACUAAAAGAGAACUAAUUAAAUUGGUAGAAUAACUUAAGUAGAAUCAGAGAAUCUGCAUGAAGAGAUUAUUAGCAAUGAUUUUAACUAGAUUAUAUAAAAAAAGAAUGAACUUAAAUCCAACUAAGACCUUUUGCUUAAAUCUUAAUCAAGUACUAAGUCAGGUUAAUCUGGAUAAACAGCAAUUGAAAUAGUAAACAAUUUUAAAACUCAAACUUCUUUAAUCUCCAGCCUAACAAUUAUCUCUAUCUUGAAAUUAAUAAUAAUCUUAUUGUUCCUUGUAUUCAUGUUCAUCAAUUUGACCUAGGUCAUAACCUUCAAUAAUCAAGCCAAAAAUUUCUUAUCGGAUAUUAAUUUACCAAUUAACUUUAACAAAUAUUUCUUAAAUGUAUUUACUCAUUCUUGGAUAAUGCUAAUGUAGAAAAUUAAGAUCUUAAAUACAAGCUAAUUUAUUUAGAACCAACUCUAAGACUAAAGUGUUAGUAUGUAGAGCACAUUUUAAAAUCUGACAAUUAUGUAUGGUAGCUUUAUAGCCCUAGAAGAAAAUCAUUAUUUAGACGAAAUCUCAAUAGUGCAUCUAGAUGAAAAUCUCUAGGUACAAGAAGUAGAGUUUACUGAUUAUCUGUUUUACCUUGAAUAAGUAGGUUUUAGAUUAUUAUAGAGUGAUAAUGAAAAAGACUUUUCAAGUAAUCUUUUAAAAUACAGGAUAAAUUUUGAAAAUAUUAUCAUAAACAAUGAUAAACUGAUUUUAUCUUUGAGCAAAUAUUAUGAGGUUCAAUAAAAUGGAAAGAUAUCAACAUUUUUUAAUUUAAUUCUAGUUUAAAUAAUAGUGAUUGCUGUUGUCAUAGUAUCCUAAUUAUUUUUUUGGAGAAAAAUAGAACUCUAUUGUUAAAGUAUACUGAUGUUAUCAAAUAGACUAAGUGAAAAAGCAGCAGAAUAGUAGAUCAGCAAAUUCAAAAUCAUAAUCUCAGUGAUUAAGUAAUUAUAUGGCGAAUUUGGCUAUAAAUAGAGAAAUUGUUAUAAGCUUUGUUAUACUGAUAAUUCCUUCAAGAAAAAAAAUUUUAGAUCGUUAUCCAAAAUGAAACAUCGAGCAUCCACUUUACAACAAAAUAGUUAAAAAUUAUUUGAAAAUAAAAUGAAACAUUCUUCAGUAUCAACCAUUCCCUUAAAUUCAAGAAUACAAAAACCUUCCAUCAAACUGAUAAUUAAAAGUAUUACAGUAUUGUGCUUUGUUAUCGUAAUUGUGUUGUAUUUCAUUGGCUGUUAUCUGAUAUUUAAGGAUCAAACCUAAAAAUUAUCUCCUCCUCAAGAGUUAGCCAUGAGUUAUAUCUAAUUUUACAUAGAUUUUGAAAAUACCAUUGCUAUUUCAUUAAUAAUAAAAUCAGAAUUUUAGAUUUAUACUUUCAUGAAAGACACAAUUCCAUUCUAUGCAAAGACAAUCAAUAAAUACUUAAAUUAAUUGAACACUAUCCCUCUUUUGCUAAGUGUGUAUAGCUUUGAUCAUAGUAAUUUAAAUGAUAUAUAUGAUCGUAUCAUAGAAUCUGAUGCUAUGGAGGGAGAUGACGAAGCAUUUUUAUUAAGUUUGUAUAAUGAAGAUUUUUGCUAGUUAUUUCAAUCGCAAAUUGCAUUUUGCAAUAAGGAUAUGAGUAAAAUCAAUUUUGAAAGUAAAUUUGGAUAAUAUGCAUCCAAAGAUAAUAAUUCUGACUAUCUCAGUAAGGGAAUUUCUGGUAUGGUGAGUAAACUGGAUAAUUUCUUAACCUAAUAUUAUGAAACUGAAAUUCUAACAGGAUAACCAGUUAAUGAUUUUGCCUUAUUAAAUUCUUAAAUCAACACAUAAGAUUUUAAUAACAUCAUAAUAUAACAUUAUCUUGACACUUAUAUCGGAUUUGAAGCGUUUAUUGCUAGAAUUUAAGAUUGCUUAAUUAAUGUGAUUCAAGAACAGCAGAACAAUUACAAUAUAUAUCAGAUAGCAGUUGGUGUAAUUUUUACUGUGUUUUUACUUUCCUCCUCAGCUUUUAUAGUAGUGAAAGUGAAUUUAAGGUUGAUUUACAUUAGACUGCUAAUAACUCUGCUGCCAAUCGAAAUUAUGCUUGACAUAUAUACCAUAUCUUUGUUGAAACUUCUAAAAUGA